UAGGCUACUCGAGUGAGCUAACUUGAUUAAACAUAAAUUAAUACAGUAAUGUAGUAAAUUAAUACACUAAAAUGAAUAAACAUAAAUUAAUACAGUAACUUUUAGAUGGCUCAGAGACAACAGUUCAUAACAAAUCACAUAAAGAAGCAGACCAUCAUCACUUCAACAAACUCCCAAAACAAAAAAUCAAGGAGUCUUCCAGAUGAAGAUGUAUUCCUGGAAUUACCAGAUGUAGAAUACAAAAGAUUAAUAUACAGAACUCCUCAAGACAUCAGGAAGGAGAUUAGGCAGAACACAGAACAGGCCAAGGAGCACACAGAUAAAGCAGCCAAGGAAAUUAAGAAGAUUAUUCAAGAACAUAAUGACAAAUUUAAUAGGCUGCAAGAAUCCAGAGAGAGACUGCAAUCAAAAAUACAGAAGAUUAACAAUAAAAUUUCAGAAUUAGACAACUCAAUAGAAAGGGGAACAGAACCAAGGAAGUGGAAGUCAGAAUUAGCAAGAUUAAGAUAAAACACUUGGCAACAAUAUGUUUGAAGAAAAAUCAGAAGAAUUUGAAAAAAUGAAGAAACCCUAAGAAUCAUGUGGGACUCUAUCAAGAGAAAUGACUUACAAGUGAUUGGAGUACCAGAACAGGGAGGGAAAACAGAAAGUAUAGAGAGAAUUGUUGAAGAUUUGUUGGCAGAAAACAUCCCUGGUAUUGUGCAAGAUGAGAAAAUAUCUAUCCAAGAUGCUCAUUGAACCCUAUACAAGGUAGGUCCCAAAAGAAAGUUACCAAGACAUACUGUAAUCAAACUUGCCAAAAAGAGCAGCUAGGGAUAAACAAAAAGUCACCUACAAAGAAGAGUCAAUAAGAAUAAGCUUGGACUACUCAGCUGAAACCAUGUAGACAAGAGGGCAAUGGGAUGACAUAUGUAAAGCCUUGAAGGAAAAAAAUUGCCAAGCAAGAAUCAUAUAUCUAGCAAAACUGACUCUUAAAUACUAAGGCGAAAUUAGGACAUUUCCAGAUAAACAGAAGUUUAGGAAAUUUGCAGAAACCGAACCAAAACUACAAGAAAUACUAAAGGGAGUUCUCUGGUUAGAAAAUCAAUAACAUCAGAUAACAACCCAAAACUAGAAUACAGGACAGAGAAACCAGAUAUCAACCCUGAUAGGGGAAAUCACAAAAAUUAAUCAAGACUCAUAAAAAAAAUACUUAAAGCAGGGAAACGAUGACAUUAUGUAAAAGGUGACAACAUUAAGUCAAUAAAGAGGGACUAAAUAAUCAUAGAUCUUUCAUAUAGAGAGGAAGUCAAGGCGAUACAGGGAGAUAAAAGUUUGGUUUAAACUUAGAAAAAUAGGAAUAAAUAAUAAGGUAGCCACAAAGGAGACUAACAAUCCUACACAUCAAAAUAAAAUACAAGAAAAACGUAAAGACUCACCAAAAACAAAACAACAAUGAAAAAGAGAAGACAUCAUAUAAAGAAAAACUACUCAGCACAAAAAAUUAAAGGGCAAAAGAAACUGUCAACAACACACAAAAAAGACAUCAAAAUUACAGCGCUGAACUCAUACCUAUCCAUAAUGACACUGAAUGUAAAUGGACUAAAUGCACCAAUAAAGAGACAGAGUUGCAGAAUGGAUAAAAAACCACGAUCCACCUAUAUGCUGCCUACAAGAAACACGCCUUAGACUUAAAGACAGAAACUAAAACUCAAAAGGGUGGAAAAAGUAUACCAAGCAAACAGCAAUCAAAAAAGAGCAGGAUCAUCCUGAGACCAGAAGAACUAGGUGGUGCCCAGCCACAACCAAUGACUGCCCUGACAGGGAACACAUCAGAGAACUGCUGAGGGAGCAGGAGAACAGUGGGAUGCAGACCCCAAAUUCUCAUAAAAAGACAAGACUUAAUGGUCUAAGACUAGAAGAAUCCCAGCUGUCAUGGUCCCCAAACCUUCUGUUGGCCGAGGACAGGAACCAUAUCCGAAGCCAACUCAGCAGACGUGGAUUGGACUGGACAAUGGGUCGGACAGAGAUUCUGAUGAGGAGUGAGCUACUUGCAUCAGGUGGACACUCGAGACUAUGUUGGCAUCUCCUGUCUGGAGGGGAGAUGGGAGGGUAGAGGGGGUUAGAAACUGGCAAAACGGUCAUGAAAGGAGAGACUGGAAGGAGGGAGUGGGCUGACUCAUUAGGGGGAAAGUAAGUGAAAGUAUGUAGUAAGGCGUAUAUAAGUUUAUGUGAGAUACUUGAUUUGUAAACUUACACUUAAAGCACAAUAAAAAUUAUUAAAAAAAAAAAAAGAGCAGGAGUAGCAAUACUAAUUUCUCACAAAACAGACUUCAGAGUUAAAUCCACCACAAAGGAUAAGUAAGGACACUAUAUAAUGAUUCAAGGGACAAUAUACCAGGAGGAUAGUACCAUAUUAAAUAUUUAUGCACCCAAUGACAGGGCUUCAAGAUACAUAAAAUGAACUGUAACAGCACUGAAAAGUGAGAUAGACAUCUUCACAAUUAUAGUAGGAGACUUCAACACACCACUUUCAAUGAAUGACAAAACAUCCAGAAAGAAGCUCAAUAAAGACACGGAAGAUCUAAAUGCCACAAUCAGCCAACUUGACCUCAUAGACCUAUAUGGAAUGCUCCACCCAACAGCACACAAGUAUACUUUCUUUUCCAAUGCACAUGGAACGUUCUCUAGAGCAAACCGCAUAUUAGGCCAUAAAGCCUAAUCUGUUAACAGAAUCCAAAACAUUGAAAUAUUACAAAGCAUCUUUUCUGACCAUAAAGCCAUAAAACUAGAAGUCAGUAACAGAAAAAACAGGGAAAAGAAACCAAACAUGGAAACUGAACAACACUUUGCUCAAAAUGAUUGGAUUAUAGAAGAAAUUAAGGACGGAAUAAAGAAAUUCAUAGACUCCAAUGAGAAUGAAAACAGUUCCUAUCAGAACCCUUGGGACACAGCUAAAACAGUGCUCAGAGGUCAAUUUAUAGCAAUAAAUGCACACAUACAAAAAGAAGAAAGGGCCAAAAUCCAAAGAAUUAUCCUUACAACUUGAAUAAAUAGAAAGCAACAGAAAAACCCUCAAGCACCAGAAGAAAGCAAACAAUAAAAAUUAGAACAGAAUUAAAUGAAAUAUAGAACAGAAAAACAAUUGAAAGAGUUAACAAGACCAAAAGCUGGUCCUUUGAAGUGAUUAACAAAGUUGGUAAACCACUGGCCAGACUGACAAAAGAAAAAACAGGAGAUGAAGCAAAUAACCCGAAUAAGAAAUGAGAUGGGUCAUAUCACAACAGACCCAACUGAAAUUAAAAGAAUCAGACGACUGUGAAAAAUCAUACUCAAACAAAUUUGAAAACCUAGAAGAAAUGGGCAAAUUUCUAGAAGUACUACCUACCUAAACUAACACAAACAGAGGUAGAACAACUAAAUAAACCCGUAACAAAAUAAGAGAUUGAAAAGGUAGUUAAAAAACUCCCAACAAAAAAGCCCUGGCCCUGACAGCUUCUUUGGAGAAUUCUACCAAACUUUGAAAGAAGAGGUAACACCACAACUACUAAAGGUAUUUCAGCGCAUAGAGAGAUGGAAUACUCCCAAACUCAUUCUAUGAAGCCAGCAUAACCCUGAUACCAAAACCAGGUAAAGACACCACAAAAAAAGAAAAUUACAGACCAAUAUCCCUUAUGAACUUAGACCCAAAAAUCCUCAAAGAAUUCUAGCCAAUAGAAUUCAACAACGUAUCAAAAAAAAAUAAUUCACCAUGAGCAAGUGGGAUUCCUACCAGGUAUGCAUGGGAAAACCUGGUGGCAUAGUGGUUAAGUGCUACAGCUGUGAACCAAAGGGUCAGCAGUUCGAAUCCAGCAGGUGCUCCUUGGAGACUAUGGGGCAGUUCUACUCUGUCCUAUAGGGUCGCUAUGAGUCGGAAUCAACUUGAUGGCACUGCGUUUGGUUUUGAUUAUGGUUCAACAUUAGAAAAACAAUCAAUGUAAUCCAUCAGAUAAAACAAAAGACAAGAACCACAUGAUCUUAACAAUUGAUGCAGAAGAGGCAUUUGACAAAGUCCAACACCCAUUCAUGAUGAAAGCUCUCAGCAAAAUAGGAAUAGAAGGAAAAUUCCUCACUGUAAUAAAGGACAUUUAUACAAAGCCAACAGUAGGCAACUAAGCUAGGGGCACUUGAAGACACUUUGGGUUUAGAGAAUCAGGGUCAGAAUUACUGCAAUAAUGGAAAUAACUGUCACUUCCUCUGGCCUCUCCCUGCACCCUAUACAUGGAGUGUGUACCAGUCCAGCUGGUUGCCUGAGGUGGUGUUUGCCUUGGGCCACUUAUCAGGCCCCUCAAGGCCUCUGUAAACACUGGAGCCAUGGACCAAACCUAGUGUUCUUGAAGCCCUCUUCAGAGAGAGUGAAAGCUGUGGGUCCGGACAAGUCCAGCUUUGAUUGCCCACAGCUGGCUGAAUGUGCCUUUGGGAUGGCUUCGAGCAAUGUCAGCUUUCUGGGACUCACUUCUUCCUGAACUCCCCAUCCAAGUCUUGAAUGUGGUCUCAGGGCCUGGGCAGAGGGGAUGGGCCAUUUGGCCAAUGUCCAGAAAUCAGAUGAGUUCAUCAGACUCUUUUCAUUACAGCUCCUUUUCUCUUAAACUAGCUUUCCUAACUCCAGGAACACUGUCUUCUGUGCUGAUUCUAGGGCCUUCCGAGGAGCAAGCUGCCUCUCUAGUGCCUUUUCUACUCAUUUCUUGGAAGGGUUCAUCAGUAUUUUGUAACCGCAGGGCUGGAAUCAAAGGGCCAGCUAUUCACCUAUUCAAACCUUCAUCACAUAUUAACUGAGCACCUAUUCCGGGCCAGGCUCACCCCAGAGCACCUGGCCAACUCUGCUCUUGGAAGCACGCUUACUUGUCCACGUUCCUUGGUGUCCUAGCAACCAGCAGAAACUCUGACCCGAGCUCCAGCCAAGACAGAUGCCAUUUUCUCCUUGACCGCUGUUGCUCGUCACCUCCCCAGACUUCUGAGGACUCAUCCAUCCAGCUCUCUGGGACCACAGAAAGCAACCACUGGUCCCCAAGUUCUCCCAGCACCCCGGCCCAGCAGCCCCUGCCUACAGAAUGAGUUUCUCGCUCACGUUUGCUGAGCUGGUGAAUAUCGCCAUCCCGCAGGGUGGGGUGGUGAACUUCCAGGCCCUGCACCUGCUGCUCCACGGCAUCCUGGAGCACAUCCACAUGGCUGAGCUGAGGAAGGCCCUCUCAGGGGAUGAGGACUUCCUCCAGACCUCGCAGGUGGUGCUCAUGCCCAGGGAAGGAGAUACCCAGCCCAUCCUGACCCCCAUGAAGAGGCUCAGCAACGUCUUUGACCAUGUGGUGAGUCGCAUCGACAAGUUAGAGAACCAACUGGCCAUGCCACGGGAGCUGCCCUCCACUUCCCAACUGCUGGAGGCCAGCCAGGGAACCAACAAGCCCGUCCACGAUCUAUGGAACCUCAUAAAGCUCCGGAAGAUGGUGCAGGGCAAUGAAGAAGCCAUGGAAAAAACCAUGCACGUCCUGCAGGAACUGCUUAGCGACCUUCACUCAAUUAAGGCCACUAUUGAAACCCUCCGGAAGGAUGUGGACAAGCUGAAGGACCAGUUUGAAAAGAUGAACCUGGAAAAAAUUGAGACGAUCUUUGAUGAUUUCAAAAGACAGAACCGCAAGAUGACUGCCCUGCAGCGGGAACUGAUUGCUGUCCAGAACAAGGUCAACACCCUUCCCAAGAAUGAGGAUUUGGUGCUCUGGAGCAGCCUCCAUGAGGCUAUGUUCCCCUUGAGAAUCUCAAGAAGACCAGAGGGAAGGCCAGACCAGCUACCACAGUGGGAGCAGGGGCCUCUGUGGCAGACCACUGAGCUUUUCCCAGAGGCCACCCUGCUCCAGACUUCAGAGUACGUCGAGGCUGUUGGUCGCAUCCAGGCCACAGACCCCAUUCAGGGCACUGAGCUCCUGCAGACCGUGUGGCAUUACGAGACCCCGAGUGCCCUCUCGGACGAGGAGUCUGCACAAGCCAUUCUGCUCCCUGGGGCCCAGGAGCCAGGCCAGCAGCCAGCACGCCAACAGCCAGUGCCCCAGCCGGGGUCUUCACCACAGCCUGGACCCUCAACUGAAUCUGAACCCAAGCGUGGGCCAGAGCCCAAGCCUGGCCCCGUGGCAGGGACAGAACCUAUGCCUGCACUGGGGCCUAUGCUGGCGCCCAGCCUGACCCCUGGGUUUGUACCACCACCUUGGCCUGUGGGACCGGGGCCUGCCCAGGGGCCUCAGCCCAUGCCACCGGGAGGCUGGCCUAUGCCCCACAGAGGUUGGCCUAUGCCCCACAGAGGCUUGCCUAUGCCCCCCGGAGGCUGGCCUGCUCCCAGAGGCUGGCCUGUUCCCAGCGGCUGGCCUGGGGCAAGCACUUGGCCUUUCUGGGCUUCAGACUUCUUCGAGCCUGGUCCAGGCCUGUCAAGCCCCCUGAAGCCCGCCCAGUCCCAGCACCCACCCACCAGGGCCCCGCCACCAGCCACGGAGCUGGGCUCAGCAUGGCCCUGUCCACUUCAGCCUCAUAAGCCUCGUCAGGCUGAGGCUACCCAGCUCCAGGCUGUUGCAGAAAAGGGGGAAGACCUGUAUGCCCACGAGGCAGCGGCCUUCAAGGAUGGGGCCCCCAAGGAUAAGGCCACCAUGGAGGCACACCCCAAGGCUCCCCGGUCUGCCUUUCAGCGGAUGAAGACCACAGCUGCCAUUGCCGCUGCCGCCGCUGCAACCUACGCUGCUGCUGCCAACACAGCAGCCCAGGCAGCCAAGGCUGCCGCCAAGGCACUCAAGGAUGUUCCUGCCACCAAAAUGGCCACCUUAGCCUCAAACAUGGCCUCCGCUGGGCCCUUAGGGGUACUUGCAGAUGUCUUGGGUGCUGGGACCUCCCGUGGUGCCUCCAGUUCCCUGGCCGUCAGUGAUGACACAGAUACAGAAGAAUACUACCACUACUUCUCUCCUCCACACUCGAGUGCCAACAUCUCCCCCGAAGACUCCUCGCCUGCCACCUUGCUGGCUGCCCAGAAGGCCGUGAGCCCUGAAGACAAGAGGAAGGCAGUGAAGAAUUCCAUGAGCUACAUAGCCACGCUGCCUGCUAGACAUGACUCCAUGAAAGAAGAGUUUGCCCAGCUGUCCUCCAAGCUGCAGCAGCGCCUGACCUACCUAGUUAACAUGGGUGCCUCUUCCAAGCUCGGAACCACCGUGGACGUGCUGCAGGAGAAGAUUGGCAGCCUCCAGAAGUCCAGGAUGAAGGAGGAGGAGCUUGAGCGCAUUUGGGGUAGCCAGAUUCAAAUGAUGAAGGAUCACUACAUCGUGUUGGACAGGACUGUGGAGAAGCUCCAGAUUCGCAUGGAUGAAUUCAAGACUCUCCAGUCUCAAAUUAAAAAACUGGAAAUGAACAAGGUGGAUAAAAGCAUGAUGGAGCAUGAGUUGAAAGAGAAAGCUGACAGGAGUGCCCUGGCAAGCAAGGCAAGCCGGGCCGACCUGGAGACAAUGGUAACGGAGUUGAAUGAGAUGAUGCAUGGCAUGCUGCUCAAGUUCACAACCAACAAGGAAGACUGGAAGAAGUCCUUGGAGCAGCUGAACAAGGAUGUGAGCACCAAGCUAGUCCCAAGAGAUCUGGACCCCCUGAAGAAAGAAAUGGAAGAAGUCUGGAAAAUAGUCAGGAAGCUGCUGAUUGAGGGUCUGCGAUUCGACCCCGACAGUGCUGCUGGCUUCAGGAAGAAGCUGUUUGAGAGCGUGAAAUGCAUCUCUUGCGACCGCCCGGUGGAGAUGAUGACCGGCCCACACCUCAUCACCAUCCGAAAAGCCCACCUGCUUUCAAGGCUGCGGCCUGCCAGUGCCAACAGCUAUGAGUACCUGGAGCGGCAGCAGAUGAGGGAACAGCAGCACCUGCAGCAGCUCCAGGGCCUAGGUGACCAGGAUGGGAGCCUGGACUCCCUGGGCUCCCAGCAGGAGUGGGGCAAUGGCCCUCGGAACAAGGCCGACCCCAGGCUCAAGCCGUACAAUCUGUCGACGCUGUACCCCUAUGGGGACCCCCAGCUGCUUGACUACGACACUGCGGAGGUGGACAUUCUGGGAGUGGACGGGAUCCUGUAUAAGGGCCGCAUGAACAACGCGAGUGAGGUGCGGCCUACCUUCUCCUCCGACAAGGAACUCACAGCUGUGAAGGUCCCCAGGCCCCCAUCUCGAAACCUGUAUGACCGCAUGUAUACCAGCGACUUAUUUGGUGCCAUCUACCCUACCCUGUACCCCCGCACAAGUACCAGCACGGCUGCCCCAGGCCCCCAUCUGACAGUGCUGUCCCCGCCACCAUCUCUGCCACCUCUGCCACUGCUGCCACAGCUGAUCUCGCCACCACAGGACCCCCAGCAGGCUCCGGGGGCCACCAGGCACACGAGAUCCCUGCGCUUUGAGUCCCGAGCCAGCACCCAGCCCAAGGAGGACCCCGCCAACCUGUGAGCCUCACAGCCCCCCGUGGCCACCAGGGUCCCUCCAGGGCUCUGAGCCUGACCUAGGAAAGGGGCUGUGGACAUGGGGGGUGUCUUUACAAGUGUUGACCCCCAUUUUGACCCAGUGGCUAUUCUAACUGCACUUGUAUGAAGGAAAUGCCAUGUCUUUCUGGAAUGAGCUCUCCAUUAAGCCAAUUUAAUACCCUGACCAAUUUUCAGUACAACAGUGUUUUUCGUUUUUUUUUUUUUUUUAAUGACUUUCUUUUUUAUUCCAUCACAGUUUUUCAGUGAAACUGAUUCCUUGAUCAACCCACCUCAUAUUGAACUAAUACCACCUCCUGCCACUAUCAGUUUUUUCUGGGGGCCAUUAUUUCUACCGA